AUGGUGAAAUUAAAAUAAAACAAUGUCAUCUUAUUUGUCGACUAUUUAAUGUAACCUUUUUGGUUUUAUAUCCUGUAAAUGUAUAUGUUGGCAUUUGCCAACAAAUUGUUACUCAGACGAGAACAUUGAACAUUUCCUUCACACUCUUUAAAUUGAAUAAUUUGAACAACAUUUCAAGUAUAUUAUCUUGAUUCUUAUCAUCAUCCAACUUAUACAAAAUAUAUGCAUUCAUAUGGUCAAAAUAAGUGAUCAUUAAUAUCUUAUUAUACAUAUCUAUCAAUUGAUCUCUUACAAUUGUUCGUGUUUUUUGUACCGUUGUUAAACCAAAAAAAAACCCAACAAUGACUUUGGAUAUGAAUUCCAAUCAAAAUACUAGCCGCCAUCAGCGUAAAAUUAGUUCAACUACAGAAUUCAAAGAGAUUGCCAAAAAAGAUGCCAUAAAUCAAUUGGCCACAGAAUUGGAUAAACUGAAUUUAACCUGUAAAAAUGUGGAUGAAAAAAAACAAUUUCAAAUAGAAGCUCGUGGAUUUAAAGAUUUAUUCGAAAAAUUCAUUGUUGGAAAUGAAGCAAUCGUUUGGGAUAAGAUUCAACCACUGCCUGAUGAAGCAGUUUGUCGUUAUGAAACAUUAACCGAUCCUCCUUCCGAAUUAAUUCGUGAUAUGCUGAAUAAAUUGGUGGUUGUUAAAUUGAAUGGUGGCCUAGGCACAUCCAUGGGCUGUACGGGACCGAAAUCUGUGAUACCUGUUCGAAAUGAUUUAACAUUCUUGGAUUUGACCGUCCAACAAAUUGAAAAACUCAACAAAACCUAUGAUGCCGAUGUACCUUUAGUCUUGAUGAAUUCGUUUAAUACUCAUGAUGGCACCUUGAAAUUGCUUCGUAAAUAUGCAGGUUUUCGUGUGGCCAUUUUUACAUUCAUGCAAAGUCGUUAUCCACGCAUCAAUAAGGAGACGCUAAUGCCCAUCUCUACAUCAGUGCAUUCAAAUCCAGAAGAUUGGUAUCCACCUGGACAUGGUGAUUUUUAUGAAUCAUUUUUUGAAUCUGACCUUCUCGGUGAUUUUCUUAAGGCUGGUCGAAAAUAUGUAUUCUUAUCGAAUAUUGACAAUCUUGGCGCUACAGUUGAUCUGAACAUAUUGAACUAUUUACUAAAUCCAUCCAUUUCAUCGCCGCCUACCUAUGUUAUGGAAGUAACAAAUAAGACGCAUGCUGAUGUCAAGGGCGGUACACUGAUUCAAUAUGAAGGUCAUGUACGUUUGUUGGAAAUUGCUCAAGUUCCAAAAGCUCAUGUAGAUGAAUUCAAAAGCGUGAAAAAAUUCAAGAUUUUCAACACGAAUAAUCUAUGGAUAAAUUUGGCUGAACUGAAACGAUUGGUUGAGAACAAAAUGUUGAACAUGGAUAUCAUUGUCAAUAAUAAGCAUUCGGAAUCUGGUAUCGACAUAAUUCAAUUGGAAACGGCAGUUGGAUCAGCAAUGAAAAGUUUUAGCGGUGCUAUCGGUAUAAAUGUGCCGCGUAGUCGAUUUUUACCUGUGAAAAAAACUUCGGAUUUAAUGUUGGUUAUGUCUAAUCUAUAUUCAUUGAAAGAUGGUGCAUUGAUUAUGAAUCCAUUGCGUUCUUUUCCAUCCGUGCCUUUGGUCAAACUUGGUGAUUCACAUUUUACAAAAGUACGAGACUUUUUAUCCCGUUUCGCUAGUAUACCAGAUAUGGUAGAACUUAUCCAUUUGACAGUCAGUGGUGAUGUGACUUUCGGAUCUAGAGUUGUUCUAAAAGGAACCGUGAUUAUUAUCGCCAAUCAUGGUGAACGAAUCGAUAUUCCAUCCGGUGCCAUACUCGAGAACAAGAUUGUUUCGGGCAAUCUCCGUAUUCUCGAUCAUUGAAUUCUUUGCCAUCAUAAACAUUGGAAAAUUCGCUGUAAUUGUCACACAAUUUUUUAAAUUGAU